AAACUGUCAUCCGCGCGAGAGAGCAAAAGUUGUUUUGUCAUUCUGGUUGUACGGUUUCACGCAUCCGAAGUGAGUCGCCGAAAAAGCAUUAUUCGCUUUGUUUCGGAACGUAAAGUGAGCGGAUUAUUUGCAGAGGAAUCGAUUGCAUUGCUAAGUGCUUGUGGAACGUAUUAGAAUCCCGGAAAAAUGCCAUCGGAAACCAGUACGACGAAGGUGAUUGUGCACCCGCUGGUGCUGCUCAGUGUUGUGGAUCAUUUCAACCGGAUGGGCAAGAUCGGGAACCAGAAACGGGUCGUCGGAGUUCUGCUCGGAUGUUGGAGGGCCAAGGGCGUUCUGGACGUGUCCAACAGCUUUGCCGUGCCCUUCGAUGAGGACGACAAGGACAAGUCCGUCUGGUUCCUGGACCACGACUAUCUGGAAAACAUGUACGGCAUGUUCAAAAAGGUCAAUGCCCGCGAACGCGUCGUUGGAUGGUAUCACACCGGUCCUAAACUGUGUCAGAACGACAUCGCUAUUAACGAACUGAUCCGUCGCUACUGUCCCAACUCGGUGCUGGUCAUUAUCGAUGCCAAACCGAAAGACUUGGGACUACCCACGGAGGCGUACAUAGCCGUUGAGGAAGUGCACGACGAUGGAACGCCGACAUCCAAGACGUUCGAGCACGUUCCGAGCGAAAUCGGUGCAGAAGAAGCAGAGGAAGUGGGCGUUGAACAUCUGUUGCGUGACAUCAAGGACACUACUGUGGGAAGUUUAUCGCAGAAGAUCACCAACCAACUGCUAGGAUUGAAGGGUCUCAAUGCUCAGCUGAGGGACAUCAAAAACUACUUGCUCAAAGUGGGCAACGGUCAGCUUCCUAUCAAUCAUCCGAUUGUGUAUCAGCUGCAGGAUAUCCUGAACCUCCUUCCGGACAUUACCCAGGAUACGUUCACCGACACUCUGUACGUCAAAACGAACGAUCAGAUGCUCGUGGUGUAUUUAGCGUCCCUUGUUCGAUCGAUCAUCGCUUUGCACAAUUUGAUCAACAAUAAACUUACGAAUCGUGACGCCGAAGAGGGUAAAAAGACUGACGAUUCAAAGGACAAGAAGGAUGCCAAGGACAAGAGCGAUAAGGAAGGCGACAAGGAUAAGAAGAAGGAUGAUAAAGAGAAGAAAGAGGAUGGCAAGGGAGAUAAAGCAAAAGAUGAGAAAAAGAAGUAACUUGUAAGAUAGGUUUUUGGCACUUUUGAUUUGUCACUAAAUAUAACUGCUUACUAUAAAUGAUUAAAAUUGUAAUAACACUA